CAAAACUGCUAUGGUAACGUUUGAUCAAGCGGCCCACCCAGAACUCCUCUGCCACUCCCUCUUUUCUUCCCAUUCCUCCUUCAACAACAAGCAGGCCGGUCCUUUUCGCCUUUCUUUUUUUCUUAUCUGCGCAGGAAGUAGCAGUUUCAACCUUUUACGAUGGCCUAUCGCUCGUCUGGCCUUGAUUUCUCCGACCGCCCCUCCACGCUGGACCAGCACCCGGAUUUGCCCAACCCUUAUAGCAACGGGCACGAGCCUUCUCACCUUCAGCGCAAUAAGACUGAGCGCAGGAGGCUUCAGGGUCUUCAGAGGUCCCUAACAAAUACCUCUAUCCCCAAACUGGCUUUCGAGCCGAAGGGCUGGAAACAAAAGUGGGAUGUUUGGAUGAUCAAUGACGGCGGCAGACAGCUCUUCUUCGGCGUGUUUAUCUUCCUUCAUCUCCUCGUUGGGGUUUUUGGAUUCUUCAAUUAUCAGCUCAGGGAUAAUUCGGUCAACGCUCGUGCUACGUUUGGUAUAACCUUUCCCAUCGCUCGUACUGCUGCUCUGAUCCUUCACGUUGACGUGAUCUUCAUUCUUUUGCCCGUCUGCCGCAACUUUGUCUCACUCCUUCGUCGCACACCUCUGAACGAUAUUAUUCCGUUCGAUAAGAACAUCUUAUUACACAAAGCCACUGCCUGGUCGAUAGUCAUUUGGACUACCGUCCAUAUUCUUGCACAUAUCGUCAACCUCACCGAGUUGGUCAAUGCCAUUCCCAAUGUUUCUACGGGUGAAAGGGUCAAGCAAUGGAUUCUUGCGAACUUUGUCAUUGGUCCUCUUAUUACCGGUUGGAUCAUGACCAUUGUACUGGCGAUCAUGGUGUGGUAUGCCAUGGAGAAGCGUCGCCGUGCUAACUUCGAGCGGUUCUGGUACACUCAUCACCUGUUCAUUGUCUUCUUCGUCAACUGGCAAUUGCACGGCAUGUUCUGCAUGAUCAAACCUGAUAGGCCCCCGUACUGUUCCUACAAUAAUAUUGGCGUAUUUUGGCGUUACUGGCUUGUCGGCGGUGUCAUCUGGAUCUGGGAGCGCAUUCUUCGUGAAAUUCGUUCACGUCACGUCACAUACAUCUCAAAAGUUAUCCAGCACCCCUCGAAUGUAGUGGAACUCCAGAUCAAGAAGGAGAAGACUACCACCAGGGCCGGACAAUAUAUAUUCUUGUCGUGCCCCGAGGUAUCGUACUUCCAAUGGCACCCUUUCACUCUCACCAGCGCGCCUGAGGAGGAUUAUAUCUCCAUUCAUAUUCGCGUAGUUGGUGACUUUACGAAGGCUUUGGCCCAGGCUGUUGGAUGUGACUUUGAAACCAAGGAGAAGGGUGCACCUGCUGGAGGAGUUGUCAUCGGUACCAACGUCAAUCCGCCCAUCAAUCGCACCCUCCCUCGUGUCAUGGUUGAUGGACCUUUUGGUAGCGCCUCGGAAGAUUUCCUUAACUACGAAACUAUCCUACUCGUCGGUGCUGGUAUCGGUGUUACUCCUUUCGCGUCGAUUCUUAAGUCCAUCUGGUAUAGGAUGAACAAUUUUGGGCACUCAAAACCCACGCGAUUGUCAAAGGUAUACUUUACAUGGGUUAUCCGUGACUACGGCACCGCAGAAUGGUUCCACUCCCUUCUUCACGCGAUCGAGGAACAGGACACCCAGAAUCGAAUUGAGAUCAACAUCUACCUCACCGCUAAGAUCAAGGAGGAUGAUAUGAACAAUAUCAUCGUCCAAGAUGUUGGUGCUGAGAAGGACGCGAUUACAUCCCUUCGUGCGCCCACGCACUUUGGUCGUCCGAAUUGGGAUCGAGUGUUCAGUUCCAUUGUUCAGAAACAUCCUCAAACCGACGUUGGUGUGUUCUUCUGUGGACCGUCGCCUCUCUCGAAGCAGCUUCACACUAUGGCGAACAAGUACUCGGAUCCCCAGAGUACCCGCUUUUUCUAUGGCAAGGAAAACUUCUGAUUGUUGGGUGCAGGGGAGAUGAUUUAGUAGUUGAAUUUAAGGGUUAGAAUAUUGGACUUGGAAUAUAUUAGAUGCUUGCAUCUUUUCUCGUCGCGAC